AUCCCCGCGGGCCGUCGAGAAGGGUGUCCGACGCCCGCCUCCAGCAGCGGCCCCUGCAGGCUGGUUAGGAGAACUGCGCCUUUCCCUCUCCGCCGGGUGUAUCAAUGUGUGAAUGGUGCUCGUGCGCAGGACAGAGACGAAACGUCGCUUUCCCCCUCCCUGGUGUUAUUUGGCUUCGAGAAUCACCUUCCUCUCGAACUCGGUUCAUCUGGGAAGGGGGUCCCGAGUCAGGCCGAGAGAGAAAGCAGGGGGAGGAGGACUAAAGCAGCGAGCCCGCUUUCUCAGGCGGCGUUUGGAAACCAUGAGGAAGACUAGUCGAGGGAGGUGGCAUGUUUAGCCUGCAAAAGAGAAGGCUGAGGGGAGAAAUUGUAGCCAUCUUCAAAUAUCUCAGGGACUGCCACAUGAAGAGGGGACCUGCUUGCUUCCUCCUGCUCUGGAGGCUGGACCUGGACCAAUGGCUUCAAGUUACAAGAAAGGCGAUUCCGACUAAACACCAGGAAGAACUUUCUGGCGGUAAGAGAAGGGCUCCCUCGGAAUGUGGUGGACUUGCCUUCCUGGGAGGUUUUUAAGAAGAGGCAUGCAUGCUUUAAUUCCUGCAUUGCGGGGGGUUGGGAGCCUCGGGGUUCCUUCCAACUCGACCAUUCUAUGAUUCAUGCCUUUUGCUUGUCUGCAGGGAUCUCCUGCACAAAACCAGCAGCAACUGUUGCAUGUAGAUCCCUGGCGCCUGCAAAUCUUCACCAGCGGGGCCAAGAGGCCGCGCGAGCUGUGCGCGUUCCAAGUGCCGGGAAUCGUCCUCCCGACCAAAGGGAGGCUUCCCCUGACUCAGCGCGGGAUCCGCCGGCCGGGUUUUCCUUCUCUCCCUCCCCUUCCAAAGUCACGGGCGGCUCCGGAGAGCGCCGCGCAUGCGCAAAUGCGUCCGAGGCCUCAGGCCUGCCCUGACUGGAUUCCGGCGAGGGGUUCCGGGGCUUCGGUCCGGCGUUGAGCCCCCUCGCGUUUUUUCUCUGGCCGGAGGUGGGUGAGGAGUAGCUGCUCCUUCUCUGGGUCCAGAAAGAGGUUCUGAUAUCAAGCGCUCAUUUCUGACGGAUGGGGGGGGCAGAAGUCUCUCUGGGCGCUUUGUACAUGCUCAGGGGCUCUUUUUGCUGCUGCUCUUCGAACUUGGGCGCGCUUCUCGGCUGUUUCUGAGCGGCUACAGCGGCCUUGGUCAGAGGUUGGAGAGAGCGGCGGGGUAAUCCUAUAAUUUUUAGGUACAGCCCUCUGAGGUAGGUUAGGCUGAAAGCGAAUUACUGGUCCCGUAUCAUGCAUUGAACUUCGAGAAUAAUCAGAGAUUUUAACCUGGGUCAUACUUUAACCCAGUGGUUCUUAACCUGGUCUGGGCACAGGCCCCUUGGGUGAAAGCCACGGACUCCUUCCCUAGAAAUAUGCACAUAAACAGAUACACACAAAACUCUGCAUGUGGUUGGUUUUUUUUAUUGCAUCAGUUUUAUGAUGUAUUAUUUUGUGUUGAUUUUUGUGCCUGAUUCAUAGGUCAUGGAGAUAAUGACUCGAUUGGAGUAACUGAGCAAAAUGGGGGCAUUGCCUCUGUAUGCACUUUGUUGUUUUCAUUUGAUGGCUGAACAUGUGCUUAACACGGGUAAGAAGCAGAUUAUUUCACACUGUUUACUCUUUCUUUAUCCUUCCCUAGCAGCAAGAAUGUGGAGCCGUAAGAUUUUAUUGUGCCAGUGCUAGUGGCAGAGACAUACGACCUAGACAUGUCUUACCGAGGCACCGAGCGAGACUUCCAAACCUCGGCAAGGAGGAUGGGGACCUCUCUGCUUUUUCAGCUGUCGGUCCAUGAGAGAGAACUAGACCUGGUCUUCCUGGACCACAGCUAUGCCAAGCCAUGGAGCGCCCACCCCGAUGCCAGCAAUGCCCGUCCCACUCGUCUGCUGUUCGUCACUCCUAAGAGACACCAAGAUAGCAACGCCAUGUGAGUUUUACUUUUAUGUGAGAGUUACUAGGGAUAUUUUGUGUGCGGGUAUCUGUAAUUGCUUUAUUUGCCACCCUUCUUCUGAGGAUUUGCAUGUGCUUCUUUCAAACUAAGCUGAAAGGUUGAGCAGUGGCACCAACACUUAUGCUGGACCAGGAGAUGGGAACUUCCUGCAGGAACUCAGGAACUUCCUGCAGCCAAUCAGAAGCCAUGAUUUGGUUUUCGAAUGUUUUGGAAGUCGAACGGACUUCCAGAAUGGAUUCUGUUCGACUUCCAAGGUACGACUGUAGUAGAAUGCCGGCUUUUGCCUGCCGAAGGGCCCAGGCACAGGGCUGGCCCAUCCAUGAGGUAGACUGAAGCAGCUGCCUUAGGUAGCAGAAUCCAAGGGGCUCCUUCAUGGGCAGACCUGCCUUGCCACUGAAGAAGCGAGGAGAAGUGGCUGCGGCAGCUUCUGAGUUCUAGUGAGAUUUCGCUGGAAGCCACAGCUGCAUAACAUUGCUAAGCAAGGCUUUGGUAGAGAUGGUAAAGGGGGUGCAUAGCAUGCACAGGGCAGCACCUAACUCUUUUGCCUCAGGUGAAAUGGGAAGGGCCACCCCUGGCAAGAAAUAACCCCCUCAAGCAUCAUCUCCAGGGAGUGCUGGGGAAGACUCCCCGUCUGAAAUCCUGGAGAUCCACUGUCAACCAAUGUAGACAAAGCCGAGCUAGCAGGACCUUUGUCCUGAUUCAGCUUCCCAUUUACCCCAGCUUACCCAUUUAUCCAGAGCUCCCUUUUUGCUCAAUGUGAUCCUUUGUAUUGCAGGUACAUAUAGCUUUUAUGGGGUGGGAAACGGAGGCUGAUUGCUCUGUUCCAUGACAUGUCCUUGCCUUGUCUGCUUUCAGUGAGGCAGAUGUUCCCAUUGAUGUGGAAACAGUGACUCCCACACCUGUGCCCCUCUACGACAACCAGAAAGCCCGCACUGUGAUGAAUGAGUGUGAGCGCCAUGUGAUAUUUGCCCGCACAGACACUGAUACGCCACCUCCACCUGAUGACUGGGAGGAGCAUAUGAACAGGUAAUAAAUUGGGGAGUGGACAGAAGAUUGUUUUAUGCUUUGGUGGUGCCAUUUCCUUUUUUCUUUUUUUCUUUUUCUUUUUUCUUUUUGAGCCUGGAGAUAAUUUGGGACUAGGCAGUGUUCAGGGUUCUGCAAGUCGGCUUUAAUUCCAAAAUCCUUGGGUAGUGAAUGCAGAUCAUUGUUGCAAGGUGUGUGUAGACAUUUUGGGUUAGCAGUGGGCCUUGGGAGAGUGCAUGUGUGUUUGCCAAACGUUUUUGUGGUUAACUUGCAACUGCUUCAUACAGGAUGAUUUCCUGCCUGGAUAUCACAUCAAUGAAUGAAAACUGUGACUUAUUUAGAUAGUGGUUCAGUCCUGGCUUAUUCUUGCCAACUGUAGUUAUAGACAUGCCACAGGAAACUCUGGUUAGUUUAAGAACACAGGCUUCUGAUCUCCAUUUUUGGCAGGUAAAAGAGGAGAGAAUACAGGGGAGUGGGUGAGUCCAGGGCUCACAAUUGCCCAUUCUUGUAGCAUCAAACCAUGGUUUCCUCUUCCAUCUGAUCUAGGCCACAAUCAGUACUCUUUGGGUGCCUCCAGCUGCAGUUUUGUUUAACAGGAGCAGGGGUGAGGAACUUCAGGCUCUGGGGGCUGAAGGUGGCCCUCCAAGCCUCUCUAGCUGGCCCUUGGGACUCCCCCAGGCCACACCCUCACUGCCCUACUGCAUAACCUCCUUGGUGGCUUUUGCCUGGCUGAAAUGUCUUUUUGAACUCUCAUAAUGUGUUUUGACUGCCCAGAUUGAGAACAGAGAGGUGUGUUCAAAUGUAUCUAGAAACUGUCCUUUUCUACAAAAGUCAUAUUUGUGUGAACUGCUCCACCUACUUUUGCUUGUGGUUCUGCCCAUGAUUUGCAUGUGAGAAUUCUGCCCUCAGGCUGACCUUGAAGGUGAACUGCUAACUUGAUUUUUUCCUUUGCAGAUCUGGCUGGACAAUAGCCCAGAAUAAGCUGUUCAAUAAAAUCCUCAAAGCUUUACAGUCUGACAGGCUGGCCCGGUUAGCCAAUGAAGGGGUAAGAAUAGCAUUGCUCUUGCUCCCCCCUCUUCUGAGCUUCUAGUCCCUCUGACAGGUUGCCCGUUUUUAUUAAAUGUGUGGUGCCCUUUGUACCUCUGUGUUUUGUCCCAUGAAGUCGGGAAGGUCUCCUCUCUACUUUGACAUCUGAGACAUAGGCAUUGUAACUCCAGGCUUUGUCACUGCUACUUUGUUCUGCGGUCAGCACACUUUGUUAUGCAACCUCACUUUGGGUCCUUCUCCUCUGUUUUCCAACAGGCUUGCAACGAACCGGUGCUCAGGAGGAUAGCAGUGGACAAAUGUGCCCGGCGUGUACGUCAGGCUUUGGCAAGCAUCAGCUGGGAUACCAAGCUGAUCCAGUGGCUUCACUCGACGCUGGUGGAAACCCUUAGUUUGCCUAUGCUGGCUGCUUACCUAGAUGCCCUGCAGACUCUUAAAGGAAAGGUGAGUGAACAUGAUGUGUUGGGGAAGGGGUUCCCCCCCCCCAACACUUUUUAAUCCUUCUUUCCAUGUUUCUUCUUUAGGCAAAGCAUUCUACUUAAAAGAAGGUGCCACCUCUUUUCCUUAUAAACCAGCAGUUCCCAAACUCCCCCUCCCAACCACUUGACAUUUUCUGAAGGUCUUAGUGGACCACUUUAUCCUUUUUCUGUUUGUUGGGGCUAUUGUAAUGUGCUGUGCUAGAUGUUGCCUGGUUUUGAAACACUGCUUUUAUUGCUUUUAUUUCUUACAUAUUGUAUUUUAUUGUACAGUAUGACUGCAUUGUGUAUGCAAUUAAUCUGCAUAAUUUCAGCCUUGUGUGGUUGAAAGGCAGUAGGUUGAAAUCCCACAAAUUAAUUGCACAGAAAACCUGGCACAAAAAGAAGCCUUGCUUACUGGACUCUAGGAUGCUUUCAUAAGAUGUCUUGGUACUGUCCGAGUUCCCACUUAAGCAUUCCAGAGCCUGGUAAGCAAAGUAGAGAGAUUGGAAGGCAAGCAUGGUUCCAUGGGGGACGUUCCAAGAGUGUGGUUUGAGUAUGCACAUUUUUGCACGUACACUUCAUCUGUGAAACGUAACCCCCAUGCAAGUCGUGAUCAUACUAUACCACAAUUUGAAUUCCAUAUAAUUCUAAUUAUAAAUGAAUGCUGACCUUUCAGGUUAAUGCUACUUAAGUGCUAGGAAAAGAGCGAACACAAAUCUCUCCUUUAAGAUACUGUAGGUUUGAAUUUCUGUGUGUGUUUGUUUGGGAGUAAUACUCAUGUAUAAGAUACUCAUGUAUAAAUCUCUCAGCUGUUAUCCUUUAUAAGGGAAGUGGAAGCUAGAGAGCCUUUUUGCUUCAGGAGGUCUCUAGUCGUUAUCCCCCACCCCUAUUUGGCAGCCCUUAACCAUUGAUGCACUAAUAUUAGUGAACCAGCUAUAGAGUCCCAAUGUCUUCCUGUCACUAUGCAGAGUGAAUGUCUGUGUUCUGGAGUUCCAUCACAUGCUUAUCAAUGUGUUUCAGAUUCCCAUCCUCAUCGAUCGGAUGCUGUUGUCCUCGACUGCAAAGACAGGAGCGGCAGGAGCUGAGGCCCUCUCCCUCUUGCUGAAGCGACCAUGGGAUCCAGCCAUAGGUGUCCUUUCACAUAACAAACCAGUAAGUGUUUUGUGGGCCAUCAGGAAGAGGAGGGGGUCCUGGGUUUUAUUUCUGUGCUGCUGCUGUUUUUCAUUUUUAUUUUAAGAGCAGGUUCACAUGCAAACAUGCCAGAUCCCGGAAUGCAGCUAUCAGCCACUUUGUUCCUUCCUGGUCCUUAUUCUUGGCUAUAGCUUGUGGUUAGCGAGGAGAGAGCUUUAGCCGCAAUGCAAAGUUCAGAUAACACAUUAAGCCAAACCUUGGCUUAGAUAAUGAGCUGAGCUGAGAGGGCACUCUGUUGCAGUGGGCUUUUGCCAGGAGAAGGAAGAGAGCAGACACGUGGAAAUGGAGGUGGCUGGGAGCUAGCAGAUAACAGAGAUAAAAAUUGAGGUUUAAAAAGGCCAUUGCUUGUUCCCCUCUGAAUUAGUCAGUUGGGGGAGGGCAGCAGAUAUAUUUAGCUGCUAAAUUGGGAAAAGGCUGGUGGUUUUAAAAUCCCAAAGGCAGUACAGAAUGUCUUCCCUUGACUGAAUACAGCUUUGGUUGUCAAGACUUAAACUGUAUCUCAGCAGAGCAACCAUGCUUGGAGACGUGGUUGUUGAAGGGGCUGGAGCCUCUUUGAGAAGCAGCUUUUUUUUAACCUCUUGGAUUUGUUUGUUUUCCCAAGAGCAAGUUGCCUGGUUCUCCCCUCAUCCUGUUGGCAUCUUCUGGACCCUCCAAUUCAAUGUUUCCCACUUCUCGGCGGCAUCGAUUCUGGCAGUCACAACUCUCUUGCUUGGGAAAGGUUUGUGUCUCUUCACCACCCUGUUCUCAUUCUCCUACAGUAAGCUAUGUCCCCUCCCUCCCCGCCUUCAGUGCAGUUGCAGGGACCCCACAGACUCCUGUAGACUCGCAUUCCCUUCUUGGAUUGGAUUUAGAUGGAAAACAAGUGUAGAAUAACCAUUUGCGGGAGAGGGAGAUCAGGCACACAUGAAAGUGGAAGUACUGGGAAAUACCCUGGGCAGGUAACAGGUGAAUGGGGGACACUUCUGGGCUUCAUGUCAACAGUGUGAUGCAGCAGCAAAAAAUGCUAAUGCAAUUCUAGGCUGCGUCAACAGAAGUAUAGUAUUCAGAAAAAGGGAAGUAAUAGUACCACUCUAGUCUGCCUUAGUAAGACCCCACCUUGAAUACUAUGCCCAGUUCUGGGCACCACAGUCUGAGAAGGAUAGUGAAAAGCUGGAAUGUGAAGAAGGUGGUGGCCAAGAUGAUAAAGAGCCUGGAAACCGAGCCUGAUGAGAAGCAGUUGAGGGGGUUGGCAUGUUGAGCCUGCAAAAGAGAAGACUGAGAGGAGAUGGUCAUCUUCAAAUAUCUCAAGGGCUGUCACUGUCACAUGGAAGAUGGAGCAAGCUUGUUUUCUGCUGCUCCAGAGGGUAGCAUCCAAAGCAAUGGCUUCAAAUGACAAGAAAGAAAAUUCUGACUUAACAUUAAGAAUAACUUUCUGAUGGUAAGAACUCUUUUGACAGUGGACUGGGCUUCCUAAGAAGGUGGUGGACUGCUCUUCAUUGGAGGUUUUUAAGCAGAGGUCGGAUGGCCAAUCUAUCAUGGAUUCUUUAGCUGUGGUUCCUGCAUUGCAGGGGGUUGAACUAGAUGACUUUUAGAGUCUCUUCCAAUCCCACAGUUCUGUAGGGUAUUUGUAAUCCCACAUCAGGCAAAAAAUGUCUGGUAUGGGUGGAGGGAUUCAGCCCAACACCAUAUAAAAAGCUAGAACCAUAUUGAGGUGGAGUAAGACACUCCAGAUAUUUACAAACUCAACAGUUUGCAGAGUCCCAGAUCUUUGUGUUUUUCCCCUCCAAUGAAAUUCACAGAUGUAACUUUUGGUUGCAAUAUAACUUGGACUGUGAUGGAAUUGCUGUUUAAUUUGAUUGUCUUUGCUUGUCUUGCAGGUGAUCCCUGUUGCUACCCAUUUAAUGAAUAACGGCAGUGGUGUUGGAGUGUUGCAAUGCCUGGAGCACAUGAUUGGUGCUGUGAGAGGCAAAGUUAUGGAGGUGGGUACAGGAGGAGUAGUAGUAGUAAAUCCAAUUAGUAGUGUUGAACUUCCCUCAAGCUUCUAUAAAUCCAAAACUUUUCAGUUGGAUAUGCGUGGCUUCCAGUUUGGAAAUUACUUAACUUUUGAAUUUCCCGUCUUCCCUUUCUUUUCCAGAUCCACAACCAUUUCUCUCACAAACCAGUAAUCCUCAUUGGCUGGAACACAGGAGCUCUGGUGGCCUGUCAUGUAUGUCGCUCUCUUGUCUAUACCUCCAGUAUUACUAUACUAGUUUUCUGCAGGAAAUCGCAGCAGUGUGGUACGUGCAGAAUAAAAUCCAGAAGGGAAACCAAGGCAUAGGACCUGAAAGUAUUCUGCUCCCCAGCUUUCCCCAACCUGAUACCCUCCAGCUGCUUAGGACAACAGCACACAUCAGCCCCAGGUAGCACUGCUUGGUUGUCCUAGCAGGGCCUGAUGAGAAUCCUUGUAGAAUCAGAAUUGUAGAGUUGGAAGGGUAUUGAUUGUCAGGAGAUUGUCCUACACUCGAGUAGGACCCUGGCAGAGACACAAACCCGACUGGCAUGUUCUCUCCCUCCUGAUCGUUCAGGAGCUUCAAAAGCUUUCUUCAGCCCAAACAUCACAGCGACCGAUGCCAACAGACAUCAGCACACUUAGGGAUCCACAGAGUGUUCGCAGUUUGCGUAACAGACCUCAGCAACUCAGCAUUUUGGCUAAUCUACUUUAUUUACAUAUAAACACACACGGAGCUGACACAAAACCCCACAUAUAUUAAGUAAAAUGGAAACAUCACCACCCAACCCCAACCCCACUCAUCUCCCCCCCCUCCACCUCUUUGCCCCUAUUCUUCCUAAUGUCUUAACAAAUGAAACCAAUUUGUAAAAAAAAAAAAAAAAGUUACACGAGGGGGAAAAUACGAGAAAGAGACAUUGCACAUACCUUGAAUAAAAAUACGUUUAAAAAAUUUAAAAAAUAAACACACACAGCGCACUGCAACAUGGCUCCCUCUCUCUCUAGCAUCAGUUAGCAAAGAGGGAAAAAACAAAGGACAAUAGUCCCACUUCACGGAACACAGUAACACAAACAUCAUGUCUCCGUCACUUUCCAUUUUGUGGAGUCAAAACAUACACCGUCAUGUGAUAGACAAAAAUCCCAUGACUGCAAUCACGGAGCAGGAAUUCUAACAGAAAUGUCAAGCUCACUGGUCGGUAAUUACCUGUGUCUCCUUCCCCCUCCCCUUUUUGAAGAUGGGGACAACAAUUACCUGCUUCCAGUCUGCAGGGACGUCACCUGUUCUCCAUGAAUUCUCAAAGAUCAUAGACAAAGGCUUCGAGUUUACAGCCACAAGCUCCUUUAGUACCCUUGGAUGCAGCUCAAAACAUCUGGAGAACAUCAGAUUUGGGAAAGCUGUGUUAGUCUAAGCAAGCUCCUCUAACGAUGCAAGCUACACUUCCAGGGUUUCUUGGAAGAGGAACUAACUGUUAAACCACUCUGAGAAUUGCAGCUCUGUGAGGAGAAUAGGGGUCUCCUAACAACUCUCAGCAUCCUUAACAAACCACCGUUCACAGGGUUCUUUGGGGGCAUGAUAGUGCUUUAAAUGAAUAGUGAAGAUAUAGGGGCCUUAAAGAUUCUAAGUGUACUGUACUGUCUCUGCAUUUUGGAAAGAGUGAGCACAUGCAUUAGGAAGGAAAAGUCUGGUUUUACUCUUUGUUGUACUUGAAAAGCAAAUACAACUGUAACAGAUUAGCCACAGAAUCAUCUUUCCUGACUACUGGACAUGGAUUGCCAGUUGAGCUACAUAGUCCUAGAGUAAUCGAAUUGUAGAGUUGGUUUGGACCCCGUGGGUCAUCUAGUCCAACCCCCUGUAAUGCAGGAAUCUCAACUAGUUCAUACAUGGCAGGUGGCCAUCCAACCUCUGCGUAAACACCUCCAGGGAAGGAUUGUCCACUGCCUUCUGAGGGAGGCUCUUCCACUGUUGAACAGCUCUUGCCCUCAGAAAGUUCUUGAAGCCAUUGGUUUGGGUAAUACCCUCCAGAGCAGGAGAAAACAAGCUCAUGUGGCAACCCUUGAGAUAUUUGAAGAUGGCUAUCAUAUCUCCUCUCAGUUUUUUAUUUACCAGGCUAAACAUAUCCUGUAGUAGUUAUAGAAAUGUGACCCCUUUGUUUCCAUGUCUAGGUUUCAGUGAUGGAGGAUGUCAGUGCUGUUGUGUGUCUUGGGUUCCCUCUCUUAACUGUGGAUGGGCCCAGAGGGGUAAGCAUGAAAUUGCUAAAUUUGAAAUUGUCAGCUAAUAAACUGGUUUUACAGCAUGGCGUGAGGAGUGGAUUGCUUUUUGGCUACAUUACCAACAACAUACCAGGAAUGCUUUGCAUGUUGGUUCUCUACUUUAAAAAUAUGUAGCAGAUAUGAAGGCUGCUCUUGCAUUCUGCCCAGCAGCAGCAGCAAAGUGUACCCUCCUUAUCACUUCUAAAACUAAGAGAUGUGUUGUUUUGCGCAACAGGAUGUUGAUGACCCACUUCUGGACAUGAAGACUCCAGUUCUUUUUGUGAUUGGUCAGAACUCCCUUCAGUGCAAUAGUGAAGCCAUGGAAGAUUUCCGGGAGAAGCUUCGAGCUGAGAACAGCCUAGUCGUGGUUGGAGGAGCUGAUGAUAAUCUGAGGUGUGUUCAGCCAGGGCGGGUUUAUUGUUAGAUCCAGGCCAUGAGGUUCUUUCUUAAAAAAAGAACCUUGGUAGGGAUACUGUAUGUUGACCUGCAAAGUUAAAACUGCUUCCUGCUUAGAGGUUUUAAACCACUUUUGUAAACCACUUUGAAGUUUGUUUUUUUUACAAUCAAGCAGUGUAUAAAUUUUGUUAAAUAAAUAAAUAAUGAAUAAAACCUCUGGAACUUGCUCCCCCCUCCAAGGAGUCAGUGAUGGCCACCUGCCUAGAGGGCCUUAAAAGUGGAUUAGACAAGUUAAUGGAGGAGUGGGCUGUUGGUUGCUACUAGCUACGAUGGCUAUGCUCUGCCUCCAUAGUUGGAGGCAGCAAUGUUCCUGAAUACCCGUUCCUGGAAACCCAAAAUGGGGAGAAUGCGCUUGUGCUCCAGUGCUGCUUGCGGGUUUCCCUCGGGGAUCUGGGUGGCCCCUGUGAGAACAGGAGGCUGGACUAGGUGGGCCAGUGCUCUGAUCCAGCAGGUUCUUAAUGUUCUUAGAGUGGGUUUGGGGAAACUUUUUCAGCCCAUGGACCACACUCUUUUCUGGGCAAUCUUUGGGGGCUGUAUGCCAGUUGGUGGACAGAGCCAGAGGCAAAAAUGGGUAGAGCAAGGAAUCUAAAUCUUACCUUUGCACAGUAGCCUAUAAGCACGUACUCCUCUCUAUCCUUCAUCUAGGCCAGCAGAAGGCAUUAUCAGAGUCCAGAGGUGCAAACUCUCAAGAAAGGUGCAAAGUAGGACCAGCAAGGGCUGUGGGCUGGGGAAAGAGUGUGGUGAAAAGCUUUGAGUGCCCCAUUUCCCCUUCCGCAAAGCCGGAGGUUUCUCCAUCCCUGCUGCAGAGAAACUCAAACAAAUCUUGAUUCAGGAGUGUCAACUUGAAUAAAAUGCUGGCGGGGGGGGAGGUGAGCCCCGUUGCACACAAUCAGUCACAUGAUGUGGUGCAUGCACACCAUUUGACUGGCAAUGCCCAGCAACUUUGGGUAGCCCACCCCCCUCAGAUAUUCUGUGGGAGGUCAAAGGGAUCUCAGCACUUAGGAGUUGGCAUGUAUGUCUUGAUUUAAACUUUGAAACAACACCGACGCACACAUGAAGCUACCUUAACACUGAGUCAGACUGAUAAGUCCCUCCAUCCAUCUGCCAGUGUCGUUCACCCAAGCACCCCUUAGCUGGAGAUGCCAGAGACUGGACCUGGAACUUUCUGUACAAAAAGCAUCUGCCCAUAAUUCACUGCCAUAAGUUAGGAAGCUAAGGUACACAAGAAAAUGGGGGCACAGAAUGUGAACAGUUUGAACAAUGGGACGUGCAGUUCAUAGUGGACAGGCUAGCUUAGUCCCCUGGCAUUUCCCAGUAGAUUUAAUCAGCGUUCUUGGUGUUUGUAUUUGGUGAAAAGCAAGUGUCGCUUCUAGUCAGUUAAGUCAGCCUUGAUUCCAUGUAAAUCCAGAGCAGGUAAGUUUGUCCAAAAUUGACAAAAACAUUGGUAAUACCAGAUUGACCUUCAGGGGUCAUCUGCUACUAUCAGCUUUCUGACUGUGAAUUGGGAAGGAGAAGGAAAUAAAAGGAAGUGUGUGCUUUGACAGAUUUUCUGUUUUUCUUAAUAAUAGGAUUAGCAAAGCCAAAAAGAAAUCAGAAGGCCUGACUCAGAGCAUGGUGGACAGGUGCAUACAGGUAAACAGAUCUCCCUACUCAAAUAUAUGACAUAAAUUAUGAGGUCCUAAUCACUUCUCUGUGCUAAAUAAUUUUGGCAAAAAGCCAACCCUAACCUGAGGUCAUCCAGAUGUUUGGACUAUGGCUCCCAUCAGCUGCAGCCAGUACUGCCAUAUGGUACUGGGACUGAUGGGAGCUGUGGUCCAAAACAUGGAGGGUAGUUUCAACAGUGGAAUGGGCUACCUUGGAAGGUGGUGGACUCUCCUCCAUUUUUAAACAGAUUCGAUGGCCCUCUGCCAGGGAUUCUUGCAUUGCAGGGGGUUGGACUGGAUGACCCUUGAGGGUACCUUCCAGCUCGACAAUUCUAUGAUUUUAUUCAACUCAGUCCUAUUCAGAGUAGACUCAUUGGAAUUUAUUCACCUGUUAGUUCAACCUGUUAGUUCAUUAAGUUCAAUGGGACUACUUAUAGUGGUGUAAGUACGGUGUAAGCCCUCACCUGACGCAUCUAGCCACGCUUCCACAUUUCAAGUCCUGCCCAGUCUUCUCUUGGGUCUUGAUGGGCAGAAUCCAAAGGUUCUCAAACCCUUGUCUCUUGGUCCCUUGUCAGUUGCAAGAGAAACACUUGAACCUAUCCAAAAGGAAUUGUGCUCACUUGAGACAAGAGUCACCACUGCUGGGAGGGAUCCAAGGGUGUCACAGGCUGGCAACAAAGCUGUGCCAGGGCAGGAAAUGGUUUCAGGCUUCCAGCAUAAGACUGACUGUCUCCUGUUUUAGCAGGGUGCAAAAGUGCCAUCGCUCAGUCAUGUGUGGAAGCCUGCCAAGAGGCUGGUCGCUCCUGCCGUAAUUCCCUAAUCUUCCAUAUGGCUUCCUGCUGCAUUGCGUUUUCAUCGCUGUGCUGCCACACAGUGGAAAGCAAAUCUCUACAUUGCCCUCUUUGGCAGAGGUCCUUCUGCAGGGACCAGCACAGGGAUCUAUUGCUCUGAAGGCCCCCUUAGCACAUUUCAGCACAUUAAAUUUUCUGUUGGCAUAAGAAUAGUAAAAGUAAGUAUAAAGGGAAGGACUGGGAGUUGUGGCCUCGCAUAUAUAUACAUAUAUAGAGAGAGAGAGAGUUGGCAAAUAAUUUGAACUACAGUAAGUUUCAUUUAGACCAUUUGCAUGUUUACUUUGUGGAUGCUCUUAAGAACCUAACCCUGUCUUCAUGCCUCUGCAGGAUGAGAUCGCUGACUUCCUAACUGGAGUGCUCACCCGGGCAGACAGCCAUUCAGGCUCUGACCCUCGGGACCUAGACGCUGAGAAGAAGAAGAAAACAACACGUGAUUUGGCCAGGCGGGAUCUGUCCUUUGACAUGCCAGAAAGAAGCAGCCGGCCAGCCUCCCCUGCAGCCAAGGUCCCGGCUUCACCUUCUGGAUCAGAGGUAAUGACAGUGAUGGGGAAAGCAUGUGUGCUUGCAAAGAGUUGCAGUGACAACAGCAGAAUGUGCCAAAAGAAGAAAGAAAGAUUCUGGCACCUUCACACUGCAGCUUUAGAUUUUCCCAGGCAUUGCCCACACAAUUCUCAGGUCCACUUUUGGAACCCUAUACCACAGGAGCAUGGCCAGCCACAUUUGGAAACAUAGAUUAAAUGUGCUCACCUUAGUCUGCUCUUCUUUCUCGCAUUUAGCUUUCUAAAAAACAAAUUUCCAGCUUUUAUAAUAAGGGUCACUUAGGUUCUGAGGGCAUUUGUCAUACUUGUGAGAUGUGAGCAUGGAACUGAGGGAUGCAACGAGCCCUGUAUAUGAAGGGUGGUGGAGGGGGGCUGAUAGUGAGACCCAUGGGUAGAGAAGCAAGGAUUCAGAAUUCUUUGGAGGAUUAAAGGAGCCAGUAGCAGGGGUGGCACUCAGUCAUGAGAGCAGGGAGGUGUUGGGGUCCAUUGCUUGCCAUGUCAUUAGUUUUCCAAGUCCACGAUCCUAAGCAUUACUAAACAUGUUCAUUAUAGUGCACCCAUAAUGGUAUUUGGGGUGGGGGGGCUUUUUCCCUUGGGCAGGACCUCUCCAGCGUAUCCAGCAGCCCCACCUCCAGUCCUAAGGCUAAAAUGGCCACUGUGUCAUCAGUUCAGAAAUCCAGUCAGAUUGGGGCUACCCAGUUGCUGAAGAGGUCCGUGCAGCGGACAGAAGCUGCUGCAGCAGCGCUGACCCACAAGCAGGCUCAAGGUAAGUCUGCCUGUUUGUCUUUGUGAGGCAGCUUUUCGCAUCCUGGGAAUGCUUAGACUGGGGCCUGCGCAACGGGCAACAUUCCAGGUUUUGACUCCAAGCAACACCACUUUCAGAAAGGGGUCACUUCCUCCAGAUCAGAAACAGCCGCUUUAUAUGGGCCUUUGGGGUCUUCAGUUUAGUAGCUUUUGUUUCCUUCCUGCUCUCCGGCUGCUGAUUGUGGCUUUUGUAGGCUUAUAAUGUGCCCCUGCAGAUAUAUUUGUGUGUCCUCAUCAGUUGACUGUGUAAUGGAGUAUCAGAAGCAUAUGUGAUGGUCUUGUAUGUUGAGGGAUAGAGAUAUUCAACAGGUGCCUUUCAUCCUGCAUGGUGAUAAGCUUGUGAAGGCUGUGCUUUGUGGCUUGGUCUGUGAGGUGAAUGCAGGUGACUCCAAGGGAGAGAACAGCACCGAUGAUAGAUUGGCGGAGGGCGGAGCAGGAAGUUUUCUCUCAUCUUCAAUCUGGUUUUCUGCAUGCCCAGUGCAGCUCAGCAGACCUGCCAGCUCCCAGUAGCGACCAGUCCUCCUCUUUGUCCUUGAAAAUACAGAUCCUUUCCCUUGAGCUUUUAAUUGCAGAUCUCUGCUGCUGGGACUCUUGUCUUUGGCAGCAGAUGAGUUUCAGCCCAGACUCUGUUUCAGCGCUGCCAAGCUUUACCCUUUCUUUGCUUCAUGCCUGCUGUGGAGGGAGGAUGAGCUGCCAUUCACUCUGUAUAGCAAAUGGGCAGGAUAAUGGAGCAAUACCAUCCUCAUUACAGUCAUCCCCUAAAUUAGAACUAGGCAGGAAACUUGAUCAGAGAAGGGUGGAGAGUCACAGCUCAAUGAGCUAUGCAUGCAGAAGGUCCCAGUUCCACCCUCCCUCCAGAUAAAGUGGAGCUGUGGUGGGGGGUCUGGGAAAACUUGAGACCCCGGGGAGCUGCUGCCAGUCAGAGUAGACAAUAUAUACUGAGCUAAAUAGCCUGACUUGAGCUAAGGAGCUUCCUGUGUUCUUAGCUGGGCUACCUUGGCUGCCACUUGACCCACAACUGUCCUGUGAUGAGAUUGUGUUGCACAUUGCAGCUCAGCCUUUGCCAACUUGCUGCCCUCCAGAUAUAUUGGACUCCAACUCCUGUCAGCUCCAGCAGCCCUUUGCCUGAUCUCACUUGGGCUGAUUGGAGCUGUCAUCCAAAACUCCUACAACUCCUGGAAAACACCAGGCUGGUGAAAGCCGAUGCAGCUGGAAAUUGCUGGUGCCAGAUUGGCUGGGCAACUUACUUUUCUCAUAGUCCCCCUUCUCCUUCUCCGUCUGGCCUCUGUUCUCCUUCUCUAAUACAUGAAGUCAUGGGGGGGGGGGGGGAGAGAGACAGCAUUUUUCAAGGGUUGAAACAGAUUGCCCUGUUGUUUGACUCCUAUGGUCCUUGUCACUCUGGCCUUUGUGGCUGUCAGCCAACUCAAAUUCUAGGUCUCAUUGUGAAACCUACACUGAAUUGUGUAUGAAGGCAUCACUCCUUCAGAAAAGCAGCAGUAAGUGCUAAACACCCUCUAAAUAAAUCUUUAUGCUUUGAUUGUUCUAAAUUACAGAUUUAGGCACAUCCUAGCAGCAGAUCAAAAUAAGUGCAUGUGUGGCAGCAUGGUCACUCCUUUGCUUUGUUAGAAUUCAAACUCUCAAGGUAGCUGUAAAUUUACUGUAGCAGCUGGCCAGUGCUAGCAGGCUUUAUGCCACAUACCUCCAUUCAAGAGUGGGUGCUUGGAGUGCUGCUGUGUUGAGCCCCAAACAAUGACAAUCAGCAGUCACAUUUUGCUUCCUAAUGUGUUGUGUGUUGUUUGUGCCAAGUGUUUUGCAGUUAUAAUUAAAUAUGUCUGAAAUGACUUCGUGUGAUUUGUAUUAGUAAGUGACCCUGCUCAGGCAAUAGCUGAAAGUGCAGUCAGUGAGGGAGAGAGACAACAACUCAGAAACCUGUUUUUGCUGUCUCUGACAGAAGCUGCUGCCUGGUUCUGCUGGCUAGGGUGGAGUGGGUAAUCUCAAAGCCCCAGUGACAGGCAAUAUGCUAUAGGAUUCUGCACCAAACUGGUGCCCUUCAGAUGUUUUUGAACUGUUGACAGUCCCAUCAGCCCUGGCUAGCACUGCUUUGAAGGGUUGGGGGAGGCUGGGCUACAGCCAUGCCAGUUAGAGAUGCUUCUUGGAUCUACUUGCCAGCCAGCCGCAGAGUUUCUCUUCUCAUGGUGGGUCAGAGGGAUGCCCCCCCCCCCAAACAUGAGCUGCAGGACUGUAAUUUUCUCUGAUUCAUUUCAGCUCAGUUUGCUGCCUUUCUGAAACAAAACAUGCUGGUGAGGAAAUCUCUUCCUCCUGGCACCUCUUCAUGCCUCUUUGGUGAGUAUCUCCUCACUUUCUGCCUCUGCUGCCUCUCUCUUCUUCCCUCACCCUCCUUCUCUCUCCCUCCUUGCGCUGCUUUGGCAGUGUUUGGGGGUCUCUUCUGCCUUCUCCCACUCCUCCUGUUGCUUUAGCAGGAGCUGAAGUAGCUGAAGAGGACAGUUUAGAGUAUGAAGCACCUUCUUUUCCUACCCACCCGCCCCACUUUUUUUACAUAGCUUUGAAAAUUUCAUCACUGCUGGAGGCAGUUUUUGCAGUGGGCCUAAACAAAACUAUUUUCUGCCUGGACCGGCCCAGCUGCUCCAGCCCUGCUUUUUCCAUGGCGCUCCUGGAAGUUGCAAACUGCUACCACAAGAGGGAGAUGAACAGUUGGCAGGGGAAGUUUGGGGUGUUGCAGUGAGGCUAGCUUUACCACCUGUUCUUCAGGAGGCAGCAGGCAGCCUGCCUCCUGGUCUUGGUGGGUUUUGAACUCUGGAAAUUAAAGAUGGCAAAGUGGGACAGAUCUGGUAGACAGAUCAUGACCCAUCAUGGGCUACAAUCCGCUAGGAAUUAUUCCUUGCCCAAGCUUCAUUGUGAUGGAAGUGUGGCCUGAUAAAUGCAUGGCAAUGAAUUUCUGGUAGGCCUUGUGUCAAUAAGGGUGGUUUUUUGAGGUGAGGGUGAUUCCUUCUGGGCAGCCUUCCAAGGACCGCAUUCUACUGGUCGGCAGGGCCAGAUGCAAAAGCAGGUGGAGCAAUAAAUUUUACCUUUGUUUGGUAGCCUAGCUUCUACACAGACUCUCACACCCUUCUCCUUCUUUGAUCCAUCAAGACAAAUGAGGCAUUAUUACGUACAAAGGCAUAUUCCAGCCAGGCAAAAACACUUGAGGGGUGAAGCAGGACCAGUUUGGGGCAUGACCUAGGGAGAAUUCCAAAGGCCAGGUGGAGAGGUUUGGAGAGCCACAUUUGGGACAUGGCCUGCCUGAGGUUUACUGCCCCUUCGCUGUCUGGUUGACCUGGAGGAGGCUGCUUGCUCCCUACCCCAGAUGGCUUUGGUGGCUCUGAUGUCCUGUUCCUGUAAUCUGAUGGUAUGAACUGAAUUCCACAGUGGAUUUUCAGCAAUGGGGGAUGCAGCAGCGUCCCUGUCAUGGCAGGAGGACCUGAUUCCCACCUAGAACAAGUGCAUACAACAUUAUUAAACAAAAGCAACAGUAAUGAAAUCGAAACAAAUGUCAGAGUAGAAUUGUGUGUGAAAAGUACCAUAUACACUAUGAAAAUAACAUUAGCUAAGUAGCCAGCUCUCACUAAUUUUGUAAAACACAGUGCUUGGUGCUAGUUUAUUCAUUAAAGAAACAAGAUAUGUGUACAGCUACAUCAAUUCAAUGGCUAUGUUUUGACUUGGCUUUCUUCAGCAGUCUGGAUACAUAGAAACAGUGCCAGUUAAUUGGAACUUGCUGGACUACCGUAACAAAUGCAGGUUGUCAGUUUCCUUCCCAGCCUGCACAGAAGUUUAGUCUGAAAAUGGUAUCCCCAUUCACCUCAGAGCAGCAGCAGAGCCAACAGAGUUCCCGUAGAAUUAUUGGGGUGCCUCAGCCUGGAAACAGGCUCAGCAUUCACUUUCUGCUCCAUUAAUUUGGUGGCUCUGAGCUGCUUGUGAACAGAAGAGAGCAGUGGUGGCUAACCUCUAGAUGUGUUUGGGGCUGGAGUCCAUCAGCGUCUGGAGAGCUGUAGCUUAGUCACCUCUGGAGUCGUGUGUGGAGUACUUGGUUGUUUUGGACUACUGUGAGUGCACACACACAAACACACACCUUGGCAGCUUUGUUCUAAGUGAUUCUCCACAUUCUCAGCAAAACGUCUCGAGUGACUUCGGAGCAGAGCAUGCACCAGGUUUCAAAGCAAUGUGUUAAUUCUUUGUCUUAGUAAACAGAAAACUGACUCCAUGCUGAUGGCCCUGGUGAAAGUGGCUGCCUGGCACGAAUCAGGUUCAUGGGUUGUUUCCUCAUCCAGGACAAACAAAUACUGAACUUUACUCUCAGCUGUUCUUGGUACCAUUAGCUAUCAAUGCCCAACACUAUAGAGCAAAAACAUCGCUUAUUCAAUGCUGUGGCUUUUCUAGCAUCUGCACAUUGUGGAAUGAUAACAUAUUGGGGGCGAGUAGGCUUUAAACUUGAAAAAAAUCCCUGUUUGUGAGAUGCUCAGAGAAGAAGGUGUUCAACAUUGUUUGUUCUUGUGAAUACCUCAUUUGGUUCCCAGAAAGAUCCAGUAAUGAAGCCAUCUGUCCAGUUUGCUGUUUGGUCUGAACCAGGAAGAGAGUUCUGAAUUUUGCUACAGGGGUGUGGUUUUAGGGACUUGAAACACACCACUCUUCUAUCUCUAAGCCUGAGUGAUGCAGUAGGAAGGAAAAAGUACCUAGCUAGCAUAAGUUGUGUGUUGAAGGCAUUAGCAGAGAGAAUCUGACAAGUAAACCAUGUUUACUUGCACAUAAAUCAUGCUGAAUGCAAUAAGAUUAAUACCAAGUUAAAAAAUUGUUAGGCUGAAGUCUUCGUGAUUUCAGAAUGAGUUAGUUCCAAGUAAGUUUGCUUAGGAUUGCAGCCCUGCUGUGGAAUCUGGUACAUCCAUUAGGAAAGAUCUCAUGUGUUUUGAAAUGAAGUCCAUCUAUUUCAUGAGUGCAGCUCACAAUGCCUCUCCAGUAACUGAUCUCUUCUUCCUUUACCUGUUGGCCCCUCCAUCCAUAUCCUACAAGUCCUCCUUCCCUUCUCCUAGUUUGCAGCUUGAAUGGCACCCCUGAUUAAUUUCUAUUUAAUGCUGAUGAUUGGCAGGUGAGGUGACAGCUUCAAAGAAAGAGAAGAAGGGUUCUUGUCGCCUGCGAAGCAAAAUGACACUUUGCACAGGGUAGCCUGGAGGAAACUGCAGGGAUGUGUCUGGGCACAUGCACAGGUUUGUGUUGUGAGGUUUCCCCUGUACACUUAGUUUCAACAAGCUGUCUUGUAUUCUCUGGUUUCAGUCUCUUCAGAGCAGCAGUCAGAGGCCAGGGAGAAAGAAGAUGUACGAAUGCAGCUGAAGAGGCACCAGGCCCCCAGCCCAACUCACUGCAGCAAAUCUUCCAAGCGAGCCAAAAUCAAAGUGACCAUCGUCUCCCAUGGAGAAUCUGCUGACACAGGGAAUGGAGCCCCCUUAGAGGCACCGCCAGAAAGUGAGUCCUGGGAACUAUAGCUCACUUACAGGUGACCAGUGGUGAGGAGGGAGGGUCUAAAGGUCACAGGAGAUGUGUGUCAAUUGCCUUACGUGGCGUUUUGGUUGGGAGAGUGCUAGGCUAGGCUGGUGGAUUAAUGGUUUGGUCUAGUGUAUGGGACAGUGCAGAGCAAGUGCCUAAAACAUGUUAUCAUCUGACAUGCAAGGUUUAGGCCAUUGUAUUAGUUCCAGGGAAUAAUUAGCUAAUAUUUUUCAUGAGCAGCUCUGAGUUGCAGUAGCAUUAUAAACAAAAGAGGAACUGCACUGUUUUCUAACGUUUCUUGGAUGCAGGUGUGUUUUGAAGCUAGAGUUGGAGAAUUUGUUGGGAUCUAGUUAUGUUAGAGUUGCUCUGUGAGCUAAACUAAUAAAGCAUUGCUGUGAAAGACAUGGCCAUCACAAAACUGAGGCCCCUUGUAUGGAUUUCUGCAGAUUGCACUGCAAAGUGAGAGCAAGAACGGCACAAACAGCAGCUCCAAGAAAGCCCUCAGCUAACACUGGAAGGUGCUUACAAGGCUGCCUCUUACCCUCGUCAUAGUGCAUGGUAACCAGGGGGCCAUGGCUACUAAGUUUACAGCUGUGGUUGAUGGGAGGCAGAAAACAGCUUUGUGGAAUAUGUCUAGGGCAUGUUGAUUUUUAAAGGCCUGGCCAGUGGUCUGUUCAAUUUUUUAAAAUAUUCUUCUUUCUGAUGUCCAUGGCAUUUGGUUUCUGAGCCAAUAUAAUUAGCUUUUCCAAAACUAACAGGUUGAAGUGUUUCCCACAAAAUCUUCCACCUGGGAGCUCAAGAUCCCCCAUAGGAAAAGCUCUUUCUAGGACUGAUGCUGACUUCCAUUGGAAGAUCCUUUGUGAUUUCAAAUUCCUUGGCAUAGCCAGCUUCUAGAUGUGAUUAUUGUUUUGUAACAUUCUCAUUGCCUGAAAUAUGUAGUUGAUUGCAAAUGAUUUCCCAACCUGUAGCAUGUUUGGAUGCAGCAACUGUGCGGAUGUGUGCAUGGCUUAUACAAGUAUGCUGGUAAGGGGCUGGGAGUGGCCACAGCUCCCUGACGGAGUGCACACUUUAUUGCACAUCUCGGUUCACUGCCCUCACAUAUGAGGGAAGGACCCUGAAUGGGAAUGACUGUAUUUGCUGAUGAGCACAUGAUGUAACAGCAGCAGCACAUUGCUAAACGGGAACUACUUCUAGAGUGGUCUAGUGAUUUGCAUGGGCGCCCAAGCUCAGUGUGAACCAGAAGAUAGGAUAGCCACACUUGAAACAUUUAUUGGGGAUAAAUCAGCUAAGGCUUUUAAAAUGAAAGCAAGAGUAGGCUAUCGAGCCAACCCUUCUACGAAGAGGGCUUCACAUAGUUUGAGCACAUCUGGACAUGGAGACUUCCAAAGCUGUAAAAUGUUAUACUUUUGUAAAUCUUCCCUUUAGUUAAUUCAACAGUAGAUUUAUUUAUUUUUACUGUACAAAUUAACUAAUCCCUGUUUAAUCACUGGGGCAUAAAUUUAUCAGCUUUGAAAGUCUCUGUCUCUUUUUAAUUUUUUAAUUAUCCAAACUUUAUUUCUUUUCACAGACAAUAAUGAAAUGCAGAAGUAAACUUGAACCAAACAAGAAUUCCCUCUUACCAUACGUGGACAGGUGGAAUGUGCAAGACAGAUUUUCAUUUGUAUCCAAAACACUGCAAUAAACGCGUGAUUUUAACUUGCUUCUGUUCCUGUGUAUUUUAUAUGAGAGAUGCUUUAAGACAAGCCCUGCUAUGAAUGAUUGGCCAGUGCUAAGAGGUAGUAAAGAAAGAAGGGUGUUUGGCAUAACAGAACAAGGGAAAUAAGUAUAAAUUAAAUCAGCAGGCAGGAGUGCUGAUUGCUGCUUCCAAACUAGACAGCCUGGUGCUUUAGAGGCAGUGAGGCUGUUUGGAGUCUAGAAUCCAGUUCAGUUGUUACUCUGCUGUAUGUGCUGAGUGAGUCACAUAGUGACGUGGUAUUUCUUGCAUCUUUCACGGCAGUGUCAGGCUAUGGGUUAUUGGAGGUUGAUGCUUGGUCUUUUUCAGUCCUUCAGACAUACUGCAACAGAAGCUGACUCCUCUUACUCCUUUUUUUCCUUUUGCAGUAGCUGCAGGGAAGCCUAUUGCUGCAACCUUGGGACCAUCCACCUUGGCUGUAAAGGAGGCGCCUGGAUUGCUUGCCACCUCCAAGUGAGUAUCUGCUGGCCUUCGGUGCAUUUAGGACCAAUUCAUGCAUCUUUUAGGGGUAGGCUGCAUUUGUGAAUGGGUUGCCACAAAGAGUUGCCUUGCUAAUCUCAAAUCACCAGUGUUUUCCCCAUGAAAAUCAGUUCACACAUCCAACUCUGAGAAAUGCUUCAUUUAUGGAAUUCAUUGAUGCAUGGUACAUUCAUUCAUUCAUUCAUUUUAAAAAUUAAUCUUCCCUUCCUUUCAAAACAGUGUGUGUAAUAAUGAUGGUCAGUUGCUCAGCAGGGGUACUGUAUUACAGUAUGUAAUUUUAUAUUGUAAACCACCCUGCCAUCUUCGGAUGAAGGGUGGUAUAGAAAUUUAAUAAAUGGUUACAAUAAUCUAUCCCACCCUUAGGAGGAGAUUUUACACAUCUAUGGAGGAUGGGCCUACCUACACCAUCCUGGGCCUCAUGAUGACUUAUCGGUUCCCUCCUGGGUCUAAACACUGUGUGCUGUGAAGCAGCAGCAGGAAGAGCCCCUUAAUGCCCUUAUAAUGGGCUUCUCAUAUGCACCUGGCUGGCUGAUAUGGGAAAUGGAGCAAAUUGGACCAGACCGGUCAUUGGUGUGGUCCAGCAGGACUACCCAAAUACACAAGAAGAGCAUCUGCUGCAUCAGACCAAUGGCCUAGCUAGUCCAGCAUCCUGUUCUCACAGUGGCCAACCAGAUGCCCCCAACGGAAACCUGCAAGCAGGAUCCAAGCACAAGAGCCAUCUCCCCUCCUGUGGGUUCCAGAAACUGGUACUUAGAAGCACUGCUGCUUCUGACAGUGGAGGCAGAGCAGAGCCAUCAUGGCUGGUAGCCAGGGAUAGUCUCCUCCUCCAUGAAUUUGUCUAAUCCUCCUUUAAUGCCAUCUAGGUUGGUGGCCAUCAUUGUCUCCUGGGGGAGGGAGUUCCAUAGUCGAUAACUCUGCACUGUGUGGAAAAGGACUUUAUUUUGUCUGCCCUGAAUCUUCCACGGUUCAGCUUCACUGGAUGCACGCUACUGCUAGUGUUAUACGAGAGGGAGGAAAACUUCUUAAAGUUUAUUCACUUCAUUCUUAAAGUGCAUGUAAGUGUGAAGUGGCCUACAGUCAGCAUGGCACAGAAAGAACUAUGGAAGCCAAGCUACCAUGUGCUGCAAGCACUGGCGCAGACGCACCCCAGAAAGGGCACCUGCAGGGCAAGUGGCUCCAGGUGCUGCGUGCAGGGGAGCCAAACAAUGGCUUUGGAGGAAAAGCAAAUCUCAUUUGUGGCUGAGCAAUUCCACUUACCCCAUGCCAAGAUCUGUGUGCAGUGUGUGUGUGCUUAAUAAUUUAACUGCUUUUCCUUUUUUCCUCCCCCGCCCAGGCCAAGUUCUGCUGCAGACAGCCCCUCUAUCAGUCCCACCCCCUUGGCCACGAUCCCUAGCAGCACAGCCCCAAGUGCUUUCCAUGCUCUGCAGAACAGGCUGGUGGCAAGUGGCACACAUUGUAUGCAGGCCCAGCCCAGCAACGCUGUCCAAGGUAACUUCUGACUCUCUUUCUGUGAAAAGGCAAGAUUACCCCCACCAAGCAACCGUUGCCUCUGGCCUGCAUCUGAGAAUGCCUUUAGUACUUGUGCACUCUGGCAUCAAGGUAGAUUGAGAAGACCUCAGUUUUUGAAUAUUUUUAUUUUUAUUAAAUUUGCCACUCUGAAGACCUUCAGCAAACAGUGCUUCCAGGGUGGCUAACAAUGAAAGGUUUAAAAGCACACAAUUAAACAAACAAUGUAAGCCAUCAAUUGAAAAUCAAAACCAGGAUAGCAGGUAAGACAUGAUCAAUAAUGGAAUAAGUAAGGAUGAGGUAAUCAAAAAAAAAACUUCACAGUGCUUAUUUAAAAGCCUUUUCCACGUAGCACCACUCCAAAAAGACAGUGGUGUUGAUGCCAGGCUUUGGGGGAAAUACUGAUUCAAACCCAGUACCCUGUGGGUUCAGCCUGCAACAGCCAAUAAAAUCCAGGCACCAGUUAUCAGUCCAACAGGACAUUUAUUUCGGCAUUGUAAGGCCAGUGAGACACAACCUCAACUGGCAAGUACCGUAUUUUUCACCCUGCGCGAAGCACGGGGCAUCCUCCGGAGGGCGCCCCAUGCUCCGGGCUGCAGGCUGCUGCCCGCAAGCCUUGCGAGCCCGCGGGAACUCCCCCCAGGCGCGCAAGGCUUGCGGACUCCUGCCCGAAGCACGGGGCGUCCUCCGGAGGGUGCCCUGUGCUCCAGGCUGCCGCCCGCAAGCGUUGCGCGCCUGGGGGGAGUUCCCCCGGGCGCGCAAGGCUUGCGGAUAGCUUCCUGAAGCCUGGAGAGCGAGAGGGGACGGUGCGCACCGACGCUUAUCGCUCUCCAGGCUUCAGCGAAAGCCUGCAUUCGCCCCAUAGGACGCACACACAUUUCCCCUUCAUUUUUGGAGGGGAAAAGUGCGUCCUAUAGGGUGAAAAAUACGGUAGUUGAGGGGUGACACCCCAGAUAUGAAAAAAAAAGCACUAGCAUUUAUGCUCUUACAAGCAAAGGGGCAGCUAUUUUCAUAUAUGACAAUAGUUUCUUCUUGUUUCUAAUGCUUUAAUCACAUGGCAUACCAACUUCCUUAUCUUUCUCUCCUUACUUUGUCCUCAGCAGUUAUAGCAGUAGCUCCUUUGUGAAUGUUGUUCCAUCCUUCUCUCAUGGUUCUCUUGCGAACACAACAUUCACAUUCCAGCCUUCACCUGCUCAACGCUGCUUCUUUUUAUUCUCCUUCCAUAAGGCAAGCCUCUCUGGCACAAAGCUGCUGGGUGACAUGAGUAGGAAGCCUCUGCUUGCAUUUCACAGAGGCUUGGGGUGGCUUCAAAUGUGCAGUCCAGGCCUGUCAGCUGAAUGGGGAGAGAAGUGUGCAUCUGGCUGGCUACCCUGGGUUGUUGGCUCCAAAGCUGUUCUUGAGUUGUCUGACGGGAUCAGAUUGUUGGUUCAGACAGCAAAUUUGUUUCUCGAAGCACAGAAUGAAUAACCCUCUUGCUUCUCUUUGGUUUAUCUCCAGGGGCAGCUUCUGCCAGCAGCCUCCUGCAAGGCUUGAGCUUCAGCCUGCAGGACAUUGGCACAAAGCCAGCCGCUCUCCCAACAAGUGUUGCUGCUGCUGCUGCUGCAGGGCCUUUGGCUCAGGUAGGUCCGUGUGAGCAACCUGUGGGCUCUCUGGUCAACCAGUGGGCCAAAGGUUUCAAACAUGCAUCCCCAGCUGUUGUUGGGCUACAACUCCCAUCAUACCUAGUUAUGGAUGUGGGCAGCGCUGUGGUCUAAACCACCAAACCUCUUGGGCUUGCCAAUCGUAAGGUCGGCGGUUCGAAUCCCUACAACAGAGUGAGCUCCUGUUGCUUUGUCCCAGCUCCUGCCAACCUAGCUGUUUGAAAGCAUACCAGCAUGAGUAGAUAAAUAGGUACCACUGUGAUGGGAAGGUAAACUGCGUUUCCAUGCACUCUGGCACUUUUCACAGUAUUCCAUGCACCAGAACCAGUGUAGUCAUGCUGGACAUAUGACCCAGAAAAGCUGUCUACAGACAAAUGUCUGUUCCCUCACAUGAAAGUGGAGAUGAGCACCGCACCCCAUAGUCGGAUUCGACUGGACUUAACCAUCCAGGGGUCCUUUACCUUUACCUUACCUAGCUAGCAGGACCAGUGGUCAGGGAUGGUGGGAGUUGUAGUCCAACAACAGCUGGGGACCCAAGUUUGAGAAAACCUGGUUAACCCCUUAGAUAUCUUAGCAUGAAGUAGGGAAAAGGGAGAGGCCUCCUGCUCAGUGAUGUUUCAUUCUUGUAACCUGUUCCUCUUUUUCCACCUUGCAGACCUCAGCCCUGAAGACCUCAGCCCCACUCCAGAACCUGAGCACCAUCACCACAAGUACAGGCACCAUCGUCCGCACCAUCCCAGUUGCCACAACCUUGGCUUCUCUUGGAGGCUCAGCAAGUGGGAAGCCCACCACUAUUCACCAGCUGCUUACUAAUGGGGGGCUGGCAAAACUUGCAAGCAGCCUUCCUGGCUUGGCUCACAUCUCUGGUCAGGGGACAGGUAAGAGUCCAGCUGUAAUGGAAGAACAGGGAAUAAUUAUGUUCUGUGCUGACUAGUGUCAUUUUUCCUUGGAUUGUGGCUUCACCAGUGGGUAUGCUGAGGUCACUGUGGCAAUACUGAUGAGGGAGCGAGUUGAUUGGGGCCAAAACACCAACUACAACAGGCAUGGAGCCAGAAUGCUAUAGUAUUCCUUCAUUCAGAAACUUGCAUUGGCGGGAAUCAGAAUUCAGUAGCAAAAACAAUAAAUGUAUAAAUAGGAUCAACAGCAACUGCAAGAGUUGCAGUUAUUAGCUGAUGAGGUUGGUGCAGGCUUUCAUGCUUCUGCAUGAAACAGAGCCAUCAUGGAGUGUUCGACUGCAGAGACCCUAGUUAAAAUACAGUGGUGCCGCGCAAGACGAAAUUAAUCCAUUCCGCGAGUGUCUUCGUCUAGCGGUUUUCUCGUCUUGCGAAGCAACCCUAUUAGCGGCUUAACGGAUUAGCACUAUUAGCGGUUUAGCGGCUAUUAAAGGCUUAAAGGCUUAGCGGAUUAGCUGCUAAAAGGCUAUUAAAGGCUUAGCGGCUUAGAUAAAGGGGGGGGAAAGCGAAAAAAAAAUCUCAAGACUCGCAAGACAUUUUCGUCUUGCGAAGCAAGCCCAUAGGGAAAUUCGUCCUGCGAAGCAACUCAAAAACGGAAAACCCUUUCGUCUAGCGGGUUUUCCGUCUUGCGAGGCAUUCGUCUUGCGGGGCACCACUGUAUCCAUUCAGCUUGGAAGCUCACUGGGUAGUUUGGGGUAAAUUGGGCUUGCUAUCUCAGGUUGAAGAUUAAGUGGCCUAAUCCUAGUUGCACCACCCUGAGCUCCUUGAAGAAAGGGGGAGAUACAAUUGUGAUUUCUCCAGCACUGAGCCUAAAAAACGAAAACAAACAAAAAACCCACCUGAGGCUUUGCCCUUCUCUAGUCUCAUAACUCUUGACUGGCAAGGAAAAAAUAGGUUAAAAAAAAGGAGAAUUCCGUAGAUGCCCCAAGAUACAGGUUUGGGGCAAGUACUCUUUGGUGAAAUAACCCCCACAGAGAUUUAAAAUCACAAAAUGUGCAGCAAAGUAAAUAUAGGGUAUUCUACCUUUAAAAUAUGCCCUUCUAAAUUCCUUCCAAAGUUCCUCACUUCCACUAGUAUAGAAAAAGACCAUGUUUGGUAAGUUAGAAAUGGUUUACUUACAAACUUUCAAAGGUCAGAUUCGUGUGUUUUCCAUACAGCAUUCAGAAAACACAGGCAGCAGAACUUAAGUUAGUUCCAAAGUGGUUAAAGUUCCUGAUUUAUUUGGUACAGGAACACAAUGAUGGUUUGUAGAAAAGCCAUAUGAUCUGAGCUUGGAGCUCAGAACUCUACACACAUGGUAGACUGAAGGAAACAAUAGAUUUUACUUUCUUCCUCCCAAGGUGAUGGGGUGUGACCAAGCUAAGUGUGGCUGGACAUCUUACUCUAUGGCAUUGACCUAUUCAUGCAUUAAUUAGACUUAAGCGUUUUGGUUAUAUGAGGCUGGUUAUCCCUCAAUGAUGAUGUCAGUCUCUAAAGUCUCUGCCCAUAGAAGGCCAGUUGUAAACCUAACUCCUAAUUUAUGAUUUGUGGCUGCCAACUCUGGCAUAUGUGUGUUCCCAGGGCAACUUGCAUCAGUGACUUUUUCCCUCCAUUUCCACCAGGCUUAAAAGCUCCAACCACCAUCACAGUGACUCUGCGAGGACAGGCCAGCCGAGUCACGACCCUCAGCCAGGCAGCCAUGGGAAGCGUACAGCCCCAGCUGGAAGAGCAGCAGCAGCUGCUGCUACGGUCCCCACCACCUCCACCCCAGGUAAUUCUGCCUGUUGGAGCUCUAGCAUUCAGGUGAGGUACAUUAGGGACCGAACAGUCACAGAACUGUCUUCAAGCCUUGACCUGGGCAAUCAGCCUUCUCCUCUUCUCUCUUGCUCUAAGGGUUUUCCAGCCAGCCUUUGGCUGCCUUACGGGCUUAGUAGCAGCAGCUGCCUCCAAGCUAAGCUUUGUCACCUUUGUUUACCACAGGACCCACCUAGAUGGUUUUGCCUCUUCUGGCAAAUCCCCCUUAGCCCUUCUAUCAUUAUGGAGGACAUGGCGUUUUGUCCUCUUUGCCAUUGUUAAUUUUUGUGACUUUGAGUUAUCUUGGGAAUUUGGUUAAACCUAAAGGGAGGUCCAUCUGGUCCAAGAGAUCUCUCUGGGAAGCCUAAGAGCAGGACAUGAGCACAAUAGCCCUCUCCCAACAUGUGUCCCCCAACAAAUGGUGUUCAGAGGCACACACUUCCUGUGAUACUUCCUGUGUGCUGGCUGGGUUGAGGAGAGUUGUAGCCCAAAAGAUCUGGAGGACACCAGGUUGGCAAAGUCUGGUUAAACCAGAUUGUAAGUGACAUAAAGGUAAAGGACCCCUGGCAGUUAAGUCCAGUCGCGAAUGACUCUGGGGUUGCGGCGCUCAUCUCGCUUUACAUGCCGAGGGAGCUGGCGUCUGUCCGCUCCACAGGCAGUUUUUCCAGGUCAUGUGGCCAUGACUAAGCCACUUCUGGUGCAGUGGAACACCGACACCAGAGCAGCACACGGAAACGCCAUUUACUUUCCUGCCGGAGCAGUACCUAUUAAUCUACUUGCACUUUUUGGCAUGCUUUUGCACUGCUAGGUUGGCAGGAGCUGGGACCCAGCAACUGGAGCUCACCCCGUCGCAGGGAUUCGAACUGCCGACCUUUUGAUCGGCAAGCCCAAGGCUCAGUGGUUUAGACCACAGCUCCACCCACAUCCCAUCUAUUAAAAGAAAGAAGAUAAUAUAUAGUAAAAGAAAGAAGAUAGUAUAUAUUUAGUUUGUAAUGGAACCCACUUCAUGCACUUUCUACUCUGUUUUCUCAGUCCCACUCCCAUAAAGGGAUCGUCUGAUUCUGAGCUUGUGGAAGGUGUCAUGUCAGAUAAUAAUUUGGGAUUAUUACCAUAAUUUGUGGUAUGAAUCCAAAGCCUGCUUUUGCUUAAAUGCUGAAGAAGUUUCUGGGGACUUACUGGUGCAUAUUUAAAGAUCUAUUGAGUCAGCCUGGUCAAAAGGUUUGGUGUGCAUCUCAUACCUACAUCUCCGGGAAUCGGAAAUACACAAGUUGGAACUGCAGCACAAUGUUAAAAGGGCAUCCCUAACCCUAAGUGGGACGCGGGUGGCGCUGUGGGUAAAACCUCAGCGCCUAGGACUUGCCGAUCACAUGGUCAGCGGUUCGAAUCCCUGCGGCGGAGUGCGCUCCCGUCGUUCGGUCCCAGCGCCUGCCAACCUAGCAGUUCGAAAGCACCCCCGGGUGCAAGUAGAUAAAUAGGGACCGCUUACCAGCGGGAAGGUAAACGGCGUUCCGUGUGCUGCGCUGGCUCGCCAGAUGCAGCUUGUCACGCUGGCCAUGUGACCCGGAAGUGUCUGCGGACAGCGCUGGCUCCCAGCCUAUAGAGUGAGAUGAGCGCACAACCCUAGAGUCUGGCAAGACUGGCCCGUACGGGCAGGGGUACCCUUACCUUUACCUUUAACCCUAAGUAGCACUACUAAGGCUUACAAACAGACUUAAGAACAGUAUGCUUGGGAAACUUUUGUUUGCUAUGCACUUCUACAGCAUUCAAGCAGGGUUUUCCCUCCUAAUAAUGAAAAUUUUGGCAUAAUUCUAUGUACAUGUCACACAACAUUUUUAUAGCACUAUAGGUGGUUCUUUCUCAUAACUUUUGGUAUUUGGUCCUUUCCAUUUUCUUACACUUCUGAGUUGCUUAUGGCCAGAAAUGUCAUUUCGUUACCCUCCAUUUCUCCAUUUUUCUGUGUUUACAUUUUUCAGAUCGCAGAUAGUGCAGUUGGAAACUUCACCAGUGCAGCUUGCAGCUCCACUCCUUCCAGCAAGUUGUUGCCUCAGGGGGAACUUGGCAAAGCCAAGGCUGGCAUAGAGAUGCCUCCUGCUGAACCAGCAUCUCAACCAACCUCAGCAACACCACCAGCACUAUCUGUAGGUGAGAAAUGGUGGCAUCUGAGCAACGUCUAGAAAUCCAGCUGCAGGGGUACAUCAUGUGGCGGGUCACUGCUUUUAGUAGUCAUUGGUGAACAGCUGUCCUAUUUUUAGGUAGAUAGCCGCUGAUGUUCAUUUCAACUGAAUAUGAAACAAUCCAAAUAGCUAGGUUGCUCAUGUGCUCAGUCUAGUUUCUUUCAUUCAUUUAAAACAGAAUGCCUGUCAUUAGGCUAGGCAGAAGGAACGCCCAUAUACUGCAUGGAACAGAGGGUCCAAAACCUUUUUGAGACAGUGCCCCUUUGGUUCCACAAACUCAUCCCUAGUGCCCUAUAACUUAUAAAAAGCAUUAUGCAGAAUAAUGGUUUGCAUGACCUAGUAAGGAAGAUGACACAGUAGAAUGCAAAGCAGCAACUAUUGCACAUUUACUCAAAAUCCAAUUAAAACUCAGUGACCUUGAUCCAGUGAUACAGACUUUUCAAAGUGAUAGUCAUUUACACUUCCAGCACCCCCCGCCCCCCGGUAAUCCCUUCCAGGGGAUAGUAUAGCCAGAUCUGGGAACCACUGCCAUAAACCAUAAAGGAAUUCUACGUGAAGUGUCUGCAUCAACACAUGGGGCUGCUUAGGAGCUAGGGAGCUGGUUUCCUCCCAUUUUAAAGUGCUUCUCAAAUUUAUCUUGACUGCAUGGUCUGAAACAUCAGCAGCUUUCCUGGCAGUUUUUUCCCCACCACUUACAUUUCUAGGUACCCUCUCAGUACCUAGAAAAUAACCUUCUAGAGUCUGCAAAAGCAAAUUAGAUUUUUAUGUGAAUCCCUAGUAUUUACAAUCUAAUCUUUGCCCAAGGUACUGUAUUAGGAAAGGUGGGAAAUUAUAUGGGAGAAUGCUACCACUUUCAUGUUUACCCAGCCCAUUGCACCAUUUGGGGGUUCCCCUGAAUGUUAUUGAGAAUACUGUCUUCUGAAAGCUAUCAGAAGCAAGCGUCUGUAUGUUGCUAGAGAGCGUAGUGGCCUUGGCUGUCUCAGUGAUCUGAAUGUCACUGGCUGUGGUCAGUCUGAGAUUGAGUGCAAAAGAGUGAUAAUGGAUCUCUCCUGAAAUUGUGUCUGUGCAGGUGGUGCCUGGUAAAUGACACCCUGGUGCUUGAUUGUAGAGAUGUUUAAUUACCUGGGCACCAACUGAGACUCCUUUCUUGUUCCUCUUCCUGCAUAGUAACCACCACAAGCCCCAUGAAGACGCUGUAUGUGAUGUCAGAUGCCAAACUGUCUGCACUCACAAAAUCUGUUAUGGCAGAGGCCGCUUCCGUCUCUGUGAAGCCCACAGCAGUCCAAACUGCCGUUGCUUCCUCCAGCUCCUCCUCAGCCCCCGUGGGAGCUGUGACCUUCGCCACCUCCACCCCAGCUAGCACACCCUGCAGCCUUGUGCAUUCCAAAGUGGGACCUGUGUUGCAGACGACAUCCAAGACGGUGAUACUGACUUCUACACUAACAGCCAUGAAGGGUGACCGAGCCCUAGGACAGAGGGUGGAGAAGGUUAAUCUGACCAAAGGUCAUGCGCUUGGGACUGUGGAGACCCUGGGCAGGGUGCCUUCUGUCAUGGACGACAGCAGUACCAUCAUCCACACCAGGGAGAGUCUUGCAAACAGACACUUGCUUCCACAAGGCAUGUUGUCCGCUGGAGCCGGCACCACACUUAUCACAUUGGGCAAUAACUUGACCAGCUCUUCCAUCAUAGCCACAGCUGGGCCUGCUCUCAGCCAGAAGCCAUAGCAAGGAGGCAUCACGCCGGUUUACCAUGGAACUGUUUGGCCUUUGCAAGGGAAGCAGGAGUAUUGUUCUCUCAUUCCUGUCCUCCAUGACAAGAGGACCCUUCAUCUGUUUUGUUCCUUUGUCACUUUUAAUAAACGUAUCUUUUUGUGUACAUAAUUUUCUUUAAUCAUUGACUUCAUUGCCUUCUAGGAGAAAUGUUUAAAUCUUCACAAGCAUUGAAUGUAGAUUGGUGGGUGUUUCUAGGUAGGUUUCUUAGAGCAUUGCUUACCAAAACAUUUUACAGAUAGUGAAAUGUUUUUUACCUCCCUUGUAUGGGGAGCGAAACAUUUUGCCUAACUGGAGAU